CCUUGGAACCGCCCGGCAGGAGAUCCGUUUUCAGCAGAUGGCUCUGCAGGUGAGACUGACACCAUUUUCCCAGUGGCUGUGUUCAAAACCACCCAGAGGUGCCUCUCUGUCUUCUACCAUGGUUAGCAGCACAAGGUUUGCAGGAACCGAGUGUGGCUUCCUCAGUGUCUCCCCAAAGUGAGGAGCCAGGGGGUGGGGCAUGUGAUGACUCAGGAUGCACCCACCUCCCCCUUUUCUUGCUUCCGUAUGGAACCACACUUAGCUCUUCCCAUUUCUGGGUCACUGCAGUGCUUUUUCAUGUCUUCAUGGGUUGGAUGUCUCAGAGAAGAUGGUGAAAGAGAAACUCUUUCAGAAGGAAGUUGCUAGGUGAAUCUUUUGGUUUGUUUCCGCACAUGUGUGGGCCAGCUGAGCUGAGUCUCAUGUUUGGAAAGCAGAACAGAGACGAUAUGCAGACUGCAGUUGGCUGGAACACAUCUGCCCCUUGGAGCAGGCUGUGGGCCUGUGCUCAGUGCCCUGCCCCCUGGAGGCCGUGUGUGUGGAGGCUUGAGUAGAAGGUACUUCCCCGCACUUCCUGUUUUCCUGUCAUUGGGACUUGGAGGUGCGUGUUUAUUGCACCAAGCAAGAAGUCAGGAAGGAAAACUGGCUUCUCUUUUACUCUCCUUAUCUUGGCGGACAGCAUGGUUGUUUAUCUGAGUGUGAUGUGUGCUUUUAAAGUGCUAGAACCUCAUCGUUUUGUCCCUAAGGGUUUGAGAAAUUCUUUGAGGAGAAGAAACACAGACUUAGGAAAAAACAACUCCAAAAAAGGUAAAAGGGCCAAUUUGACAAAUCAGACCGUCAAAAGUUUUACAUUUGAGGGGCCAGCCUGGUGGCGCAGUGGUUAAAUGCGUGCUGUCUGCUGCAGCGGUCCAAGGGUUCACAGGUUCGGAUCCCGGGUGCUCACUGAGGCAUCGCUUGUCAGGCCAUGCUGCGGCGGCGUCCCACAUAAAGUAGAGGAAGAUGGGCAUGGAUGCUAGCCCAGGGCCAGUCUUCCUCACCAAAAAAAAAAAAAAAACUUUUACAUUUGAGUAUUUUUAAAGCAUUCACUAUUUUUUGAGUUACUCGCCUUGGGAGGUGACAGGCAGGUGGGCCCAUGCGUGUGUGAUGUUGGCAUUCUCUUCCCUUUGCUUGUUCAUGGAUGUGGCCGACACUCCCAAGUCAUGCCAUCCUUUGUCUUCAUUGCUCUGUGCCUCCUGAGCUUGUUUGGAUUCUAAGCCUUGGCAUACCCAUCUUUUAAAUUAUAUCAGAGUUUGGUGAUGUGGAUUGGUGAAGUUAGUAUUUAUCAGAUGUGUUUCUCCUGCGAAAUGUCUUCUGCUCAGGUACCCAAGAGCAAGGAAUAGGAAGAGGCCCAUAAAAGCAUGUUGAGAGGAACUGGUGAACCAAAAGAUACUGGGCCUAGAGCGAGUGGAGGCAAGAGAGGAGGGAAGCAGAAUGACUUUGCCUGGUGGAAACGGAUGCAGAAGGGCGAGUUCCCCUGGGACGACAAGGAUUUCUGCAGUCUGGUUGUUUUGGGGGCAGGUGUUGCCAUGGGAUUUUUCUACUUGUAUUUUCGAGAUCCUGGGAAAGAAAUCAUGUGGAAGCACUUCAUGCAGUAUUACCUGGCGAGAGGUCUGGUGUCCAUCAUUCUGCGGGGCAAGGGGCUUGGCUACGCCCAGUGCUUGCCCAGGGAGCAGUACCUGUACACGCAGGAGCAGCUCUUCGACCGCAUGUGCACGAUGCUGGGGGGCAGGGUGGCCAAGCAGCUCUUCUUUGGGCAGAUCACCACAGGGGCCCAGGACGACUUGAGGAAGGUCACCCAGAGCGCCUACGCCCAGGUAAAGGACAGCGACCGUGGCGAGGGGCUCUACGCAGCCAAGUCCAGCCAGGCUUACCCUUGGCUCCUUGCUCACUUCCACACUGUGCAGUUUGGGAUGAGUGAAAAGCUGGGCCAGGUGUCCUUUGACUUUCCCCGGCAAGGUGAGAUGCUGGUGGAGAGGCUGUACAGCGAGGCUGCUGCCUAGCUCAUCGACGAGGAGGUGCUGCAUCUCAUCAGCUCCGCCUGUGAGCGGACCCUGGGCCUGCUGACGCGGGGCCGGGACCAGGUGGACAAGGCGAGUGGGCACACCCAUCCUUGUGGGACACUUGGGUUUGGGGCCUGCCUGUGGUGGUGCCGACUGUCCUGGGAGUGGCUGAACAGACUCCUUCAGAGCAGCCUGAUGGGCAGCCGUGAUUUCCAUGUGGGCAAGCGGCUGCUGGAGAAAGAGGUGCUGGACAAAGCCGACAUGGUGGAGCUGCUGGGCUCCCGGCCCUUUGUGAAGUCCACCUACGAGGAGUUUGUGGAAGGCACUGGGCCUGGAGGAGGACACGUCCCUUCCCGAGGGGUUGAAGGGCUGGAACCGGGGGCAGGAGGAGGGGAGCAUGCAGCACCUCGUGCGGGAGAGCCUGGCUUAGUGACUCUGCCUUUGAAAGCAGCUGUCAGAAUCACCAGAAAACAAAUUAAAACGUGAUAACAGCAAAUUGGCAUUUUAGAUGAGGGCACUCUGAACCCACAGGGAUGCCCGCUCCCAGAACAUGGCCUUCCCCCGAGAAGGGAGCUGGGACCCUGUUCCUAGAGGACAGGGGUCCUGAGUCAGAGGGGAGGGCAGUGGGCCAUAACUCAGCCACUGCCCCGGGGAGCAGAGAGCAUUGUGUCUUCCUGGAGAGCCCUGAGUGUCAGAUGCUUGCGGGCCUCCGACAAGAUGGGGCGCAUCUGGUGGGGACAGCACCUCAUGGAGAAGUGUAAGUGCUGGUCACCAUGAUUCCCCAAGGAGAGGAGGCUUUUGGCUCAGUUCAGAAAUGCUCGGGAUUUGGUGAGGUGGCGGAAUUAAGAAAAGGAAAUUAUGAGCCAGUUAUCAAGGGAAAGUGUGAGGUUUUUUUUUUGUUUUAGUGAGGAAGAUUAGCCCUGAGCUAACAUCUGUUGCCAAUCCUCUUUUUUCUGAGGAACGUUGGUCCUGAGCUAACAUCUGUGUCCAUCUUCCUCUAUUUUAUAUGGGACACUGCCACAGCAUGGCUGAUGACUGGUGUGUAGGUCCACUUCCAGGAUUUGAACCCGCAAACCCCAGGCUGUAGAAGCGGAGCGCUGAAACUUAACCACUAUGCCACCUGGUUGGCCCUAGGUGUGAGGUUUUUUUUUUUUUUUAUGUGAGGAGGACUAGCCCUGAGCUAACAUCCGAUGCCAAUCCUCCCCUUUUUUCUUGAGGAAGAUUGGCCCUGAGCUAACACCUGUGCCCAUCUUCCUCUACUUUUUAUGGGAUGCUGCCACAGCAUGGCUCGACAAGCGAUGUGUCAGUGCGCGCCUGGGAUCUGAACCUGCGAACCCCGGGCUGCUGAAGUGGAGCACACGCACUUAACUGCUUGCACCACCGGGCCGGCCCCUAAGUGUUAGGUUUUUAAAAUAGCCGUUUGGGUUGGUGGAAGGCCUGUCAGUCCUUACGGAGGAAACGCAGCACCUCCCAGAGGGGUGUGGUUAGGCCGGAUGGCGGAGCCAUGGGGGAGCUGAGUCUCCCAGCACCUGGGCUGAGCGCGAGAGAGGCAGUUUCUCAGAACCUGGCACCCAUCCUCAGGGCAGAGGCCUUAGUGACAGGGUGUGUCUGGAUUCAGUUCCCUUCUCCAGUAACCUGUGUUCCUUGCAACCCUUUAGAAUCACGGAGAGGCUCUGGGCUGACGUGGGGGUCCUGCUGUCACCACCUGUUAACUCUCUUCCUGGUGUCAGGCAACCUGUUAACUCUCUGCCUGGUGUCAGGCAGCUGGCAGACGAGAGGAGAGCCAGUUCCGGGUCGUGAGCUCUAGGUCUGAUGCCUUACACUUGUCCAGUUGGCUCUGGAGCGGGAAUGGCUCCGCACCCUGGGAGCUGGAGUCAGGACCAGGAGCCUGGGGUUAAUGGAGAUGUCCCAGCGCACAGCCUGCCGCCUGAAGUCGUCAGAAUCACAACAGUAGUGGGGUAUCAGCUGCUGCCUUGGU